ACACUGAUAUCAGUCAUGUGUAGUUGUUGUAGAUUAUAGUAGGUAUCGUUGCUUGCUUGCUUUCUUUACUUUGCACCGCGCGUCGUCUACCAAUUGGACUUAAAUUGAAUGAAUAUUUAUCGCAUAACAUUAAAGUUAAUAAUACAUAAACUCAGUACAUAAUAAUUAAACGUAAACAACAUACAACCGUGCCAAUAAUACGAGGAUGUGUAGAAAUAUGUGAAAGUGACAGUCGCAACAAUCGAGUCAGUUUUUGUGAUUAUAAUGUUAUUUCGCACAGUUUCAAGUCCACCAGUUUGUAUGUGCUGAAAUGUUACAUUUGGGAGUUCUUUCGUGUAUCGUCGAGGACACCUGAUGCGCGAUGUUCGAGGCGGGAUAGCAAGCGCUUGCACGACCAACAUUUAUAAUGCAACAAGAUUGUUUAGCGGACGAGUGCAAGAGUAAAAGUCUGCGGCGGAGGCCCACGAAGGUUCUGAAGAUAGCCGAGAGUUUCACGAACUUGGAUGAGACUGCGAAGGCGGGCCGUUUCGUGAGGGGGCCUAACUGGCGAAGGCGUCGUGAGGGACUCGACGGGAGGACCAAGUGUUGUGAUGAUGAUUUCUGUGCUAAGGAGUCGAGUGUGAGUGAUGACAGUGAGAAGGUGGGCGACCGGAGGGUCACGGGCUCGUCGUGCACGGCCCUCCGGACCGCGGUGGCUGCCCUGUACCCGUUUGACGACUUCAUCCUGGAGAAGAUUGGCUCUGGAUUCUUCUCCGAAGUUUUCAAAGUGACCCACAAAACGUCCGGCAAGGUGAUGGUGCUGAAGAUGAACCAGCAGCGAGCCAACCGGCCCAACAUGCUGCGCGAAGUCCAGCUCAUGAACAAACUGAAACAUCCCAACAUACUUGGGUUCAUGGGCGUAUGCGUGCACGAGGGCCAACUCCACGCCCUCACCGAGUACAUGGAGGGGGGGUCCCUGGAGCAGGUGAUCCUGGGCAUGCCCCCCGAGCCCCUCCCGCAGGCCGCGCGGGUCUCGCUCGCCGCCGACAUGGCCGCCGGGCUUGAGUACCUCCACUCUCUCGGCGUGUUCCAUCGCGACCUCACCGCCAAGAAUGUAUUAGUAAGAAAGCACGGAGAAGGAGACUUCACCGCAGUCGUGGCCGACUUCGGUCUCGCCGCUAAAAUACCUCAUCCAGUAAACGGCUACCGGCUACCAAGCGUGGGCUCUCCGUGGUGGAUGUCCCCCGAGUGUCUGCGCGGGCGCUGGUACGACCACCGCUCUGACAUCUUCUCCUACGGCAUCAUACUGUGCCAGCUGAUCGCCAGGGUGGACGCCGAUCCGGACGUGCUCCCGCGCACGGACAAUUUCGGCCUCAACUACAUGGCGUUCGUGGAGCUGUGCGACGAACAGACCGUGCCGGACUUUCUGAGGCUCGCCUUCAACUGUUGCAUCUACGAACCUAAAGCGCGGCCGCUAUUCCCCGAGAUAGUGAGCAACCUCGCCGAGAUUAAAGAAAGCUUGGACGAUGCGCCGUGGGGCCACGCGCCUAACAUCAGCUAUGAGAGCGAGGAGUCGGACGCGUCGGGGCCACGUUCGUGCCCCGGGCUGUACUCGUGGCGCCCGCAACGGCACGUGAGCCACGACCCGCUGCGGCAUACUCCGCUCGACACCAUCCCGCACCGGCGCUCGCUGUCGGAGCUGGAGUGGGGCCCGCCGGCCGGGGCGUGCCUGGCGCCGCCGCCGCACCGCUCCGCGUCCGCGCUGCCCGCCGCGCGCGCGCCGCCGCGCCUCGCGCGCCUGCACCGCCUCGCGCACAUCAUGCUGCUGCGCGACCCGCCGCGCGGGAGGGGAGGCACGCCGCUGCACACCUUCCGCGGCGUCAACAAGAUACUCGAGCAUCCGCAUUCGAGGGCUAGCGGUUUCUCGUCAUGCGUGGAGCUGCCAUCGCCGCUGGUGCGAGUGUCGGACGAGCCCGAGCUGGGCGAGCCGCGCUGCGCGUCGCUGCCGUCGUCGCCCGGGCUGUCGCGGCGCGGCUCGCUGGAGCGGCCCCAGCAGCAGCAGCAGCCGCGCCCUAUCAACAACACCGAGCUAUCGGAAGGCACAUUACUCGGCGCGGCACGACGGCGCGGGUCGUGCGAGUCCGGCAUCUUCUCGGUCGCCAACGAGGACCUGUGCGCCACGCACGCCGACUGCUUCUACAACGCCAUGUGCCCCUGCUCGCUCAUGGGCUGCCAGCGCUGCUGGUGGUGGCCCCGACACCGCCCCACACCCGACACCACCGAAGAAGACUCGCUGGACUAUCGCGACCCACCGCUAAGGAUGUGUGAGCAUUGUCUGAUCAUUUACGAUAGACUGUUCAACGCUAGAACGUACAAGCGCGGCGCCGCCGGCUCGGCUAACUCCAGCCUCUUCGUCCUCGACGAUUCCGCCCUUUCUACUACGACGGUCAGCUCGCUGCGGAGUCUAGACGACUUGGAAGAAGUCCCCUCCCGCGACGAACCGCAGCCCAGAAGGAUCAUCGAGCAUGACGCUUCGCCAUUCUUGUGCGGCAAGCUCGACUCUAACCGACCGGACUCCGACGCCUCUGAAACGCCGGAGCCUCAAAAGGAAUACCAUAUUCUAGACAGAUGUUGCUGCGUCAGUCGCGCGAAAUGUAUAAGCGGAUGCGUCUCCCAUAAACCUCUCGAUGAUGACGAGCUGAGCUAUCUCCUUCAACGCGGUCCGCUCAUCAACCAUCUUCUAAACUCCUCAUGUAAGAGAACCUCCAGCGUGUACACGGAUAGUUCAGAGGACGUGGCGUCGCUGGCCGGCUCGGACAGCCUGUACUGUGACGAAAGGAUCCCGCGCCACUUCCGCUCGGCGCAGAUCUCCAAGAUAGUCGAGUACUUCGAGCGCAAGGGCGCGGACUUCAAGUGCGAUCGGACGUUCAAAAGUUCGCGUUUCAAAGUGAGCAACUUCAGCAAAAUGGAAAUGUUACAGUUCGCGAAGGGUAAGGAGGGCGAGCGGAGUGAGAAGGAGUACUUCGUCGACGUCAAGCACAGGGGGCUGGAUGACGGCUGCGGGAGGAAGUGCGUCCAGCAGAGACUCAUGAUCUGUGAGGGCGCCGUCAAGUCCAAGCUUCCCCUCUUCGACAAGAAGUCGUAGCGACGUUGAGCGCUACAACUGAUGUGUCAAAUCGAUAGUGAUUCGAUACUUCCAUAGUAGUUACGGAUAAAUAUUUUUACUCUAUAAUAUACACGGCGAUAUCGGAGUGAUUCAAGGCUAGUGCCGACGUUUCCCGUCUACAUAUUCUAUAGAUACGACGUAUCGUGUUGAAAUUCGUUUGGCCGCCGGCCGUACUGUUUCGAUUUUAUUUUGACGACUGAAUUAAAAGUAAGGUUUAGGAGGACGGUUGUAGAUUUAGUUUUAGUGGAAAUAUUAGUUCGGGCGGAGCUUCUCAGUUGAUCCUACGAUGGCCUAUUGUUACGCAAUAGUCUAUAUUAGUCUAAAUAUAUAUGGCAGCAUAUAAUCAUUGUUUUCUAAACGAAGCGCAUUCUUUAUAGUUAUACCGUUUAUAUAAAUUCGAGUUUUGUAAAUACGUUUAGGUUUAACAUGUUUCAUUUAAACUUAUUUAUACACAGUAUUAUAUUAGUACUUGCCAGUUCAGAUAAUUAUAGUGUACAUAAAACCGUAACUGUUAAGAUUUAGCAACUGUCAUAAUAAUAAUUUUUGUACUUUUAAAGUGGCAGCAGUUUAAUACAUAAUUUAGUAAUUUAACCUUUUUAGAUUUUAAUAUACAUCCUUAAUCCUUAUUAAAUUUAAUCGACAAAGUCAUAGAUUGAGUUAUUUAAAAUUAUAGUUUUUUUUAUAUUUGCUAAUAUAAUUGUUUUAAAGUCGGUCGGCUAAGAACCGUUUCUGUCUCUUUCACUUACGUCUGGUGUGAGUAAGACUUAUACAGACUUAUUGAUACCACAUUAUAGAUGGCAGGUGGCAUCCUACCCUUCGAAUUUAAAAAAUGUUAUAGUCGGUCAAAGAAAUUAUUGACUCCUAUUUGUCAAACUUUCAUAUAAUACGUUCAAGAUAUUAAAGCAACAUUUUCACAAUUUGUGUUAAUGAGUCUAAAUAAGAAUUAAAAUCAUAGUCAAAAGAAUAAAAGGUAAGUAUUGAAUUAUUAUGUAUGUUCAAAGCAAAAUAUUAUGGCUAUAUUUCAGCAUUUAUGACCGUAAAAAUAACGUACUUAUUUCUUAUACCUACGGUGAGCUGUGAGCCUUACACCAGGCGUACGAGACAUUUCGUAUACUUAUCCUAAAUUAACUAUAAAUCUAUCUAUAUCUAUACAGGCACGUAACUAGUCUUCACAUACGUGUCAAAUCUCCGUCGAACUAUUAACGAACAAACAUAUUUAAAUAUUAAUUAUAUACAUAUAUCUUUACAUUAAGCAGCUGCUAUGAUGGAGUGAGUCAAUAUCUUUAUAACUGUCAGAAACUAUUGUCAUUAAUAUGUGUUAACCCUUUACCAGGCUGACAUUUCAAAAAUGACAGACUCUUACUCAUCGAAAAUAGAACACAUGUUUGAAGUGCCUUAUGUGGGAAAUAAAGGGUGCUUCCUGUAACAGGAGCAAUAAAUUAAACUAAAGGCUAUACUCCUCAAACUGACCAACAUUUGUUCAGCAACUUUUAAAAAUUAUGAAUCCUUUAGACUUCCUCUUUUUCAUACAAAAUAAAUAUUGCCUUCAACCUUCAAUGUACGCUGACAUCAGUGUGUUUGACGUUACUUGUCACGCUUUUAACAUAACAAAAUUUGCAAUACAUUUUGCGUCUUAGAAUAAACUUUAAAGUGUAAUAAAAAUCAAACCAUGAGUUAUUUUCAAAAGUUGCUGAACAAAUGUUGGUCAGUUUGAGGAGUACAGCCUACAGUUUAAUUUAUUGCUCCUGUUACAGAAAACACAUUGUAUAUAUUAUAUCCCUUAGCCUGGUAAAGGGUUAAAACAAAAUAUUACCAAAAUAUGAACUUUUGAAAAAUCUAUAUUAUUUUGACUUGAUAUUUUUCAUUACAAUCAUUUUGUUUAUUCCGAUUAUUAUGUCCAACGCAGAGACAACUGUUAGGGCUGAUUUAGACGAUGCGAGAACUCGCAUGCGUGUUUUAUACCAUUGCGGGUUUUGAUCGGUCGGUUGAAUUGGACGUAACCAACAGUCCGCAAUGUAACUAAAAUCGCAUGCGAGUUCGCGCGCCGUCUAAAUCAGCCCUUAUUCUCUACACAAUGUUGAGUUUUCCUAAAAAAACGGAUCACUAUAGAUCGUGGUCUCCGUCCCAUACAUAAUGUUACAUUUGUAUUGUACAUUACAAUAUUUAGUGAAAUUAACAACUGGUCAAAUAUUUUAUCGCCGAUUUUCUGGCAGUUUGACUGACAGCAACUCCUGCGGCAGCGACUCCAUUAUUAUAAAAUUAAUGUACAAAAUUGUGUCAAAACAGAUGGAAAUAUUGAAAGGCGCGUUUCAGCAAAAACAGGCAAAUAUAGUUUUAAAACUACUUAAUUGAAUAUACAAAUAAACUUGAUUAUUAUGGUCCUAAAAAGUACUUUUUGAGAACGCGGGUACAGUCAGCGUCAUAGUAGGUAGAAUCCAAAGUAAGUAUUCAAAUAUUUCGGUACACCAUAUAAUUUGUAUGGCGUACAGAACUAUUUGCUUUGGAUGCUACCUACUAUAUGACGCUUGCGAAAGAACUCGCAUGCGAGUUUUAUAUCAUUGCGGGUUUUGAUCGAUCGGUUGAAUUGGAUAUAACCAACAGUCCGCAAUGUAACUAAAAUCGCAUGCGAGUUCGGGCGCCGUCUAAAUCAGCCCUAAGUGUGCAGCUUUCUCACGCAGCAGAGUUGGCUUGGAAUGAGUCUAGGAUGAUUUCCAAAAUGAUUUUAUCUCUAAUGUUUGAUUCGAAUUGUCCUGAAAUGCGCCUAAAAUGGAUUAUUUUAAUGAAAAACAUACGCAAAAUACACAGAAAUAUACAAAUAAUAACAAUACAUAAAUAAAAGCUAGUUCGUAUCUCGUUAAAAUAAUCCAUUUAUAAAUAAAAAAUAUUUUUGUAAAUACAGUAUUACAUAUUUAUUUAAUCAUCAACAUCAUAUACUUUAAAUCAUGGUAUAUAUGUCAGGGUAUACUAAAUCAAUGUAAAUAUGAAGGGAUUCCAUUUUGAAGGUGUAAAGAGAAAUUAGUUUAUAAAUAACGGGCUCGUUUGAUAUGAGGAUAUUUCAGUGCCAAAAAUAAUUUGUAUUUUUCUUUGAUUGAACAUGUUAAAAAAUGCACACUAUAUUGAAACAUUUCCUUGUGUUGAAAUCACACCAAAUCUUACUGAAUAUUUUAAUAAAUAUCGACAGAGGUAAAAAAAACUAUUCGUGUCUGAUAUUCCAGGUAAAUAACAUUGAAGAUCUAUUUUUUUGAAGUUGAAUGGAAACAGUAAAUAAGUAAGAUUUUACCUGCAAUAAGAAAUUUAAUUAUUAAACAUUUCAGAGCGAAACCAGUUUUAACUCACUAUAACCGCUGAUGUAGACGAUGCGAGAACUCGCAUGCGAGUUUCAUACCAUUGCGGGUUUUGAUUGGUCGGUUGAAUUGGACGUAAACCACAGUCCACAAUGUAUCUACAUAAAAUCGCAUGCGAGUUCGCGCGCCGUCUAAAUCAGCCCUAAUAGAUACGAAAAUAACAACUUUAGUGUCAUUUUUUGUAAAUUAUUUUCGCUAUUCGUCGUAUACUUGGUGUGGUUUCGUAAAUAGUAAUGAAAAAAACUCGAAAGCAAUUAAUUGUCCGUCCAAUCGUUCCCAGUGCAACUUUGAAGCACUUCGUAUUAAACCAUACGGUAAACGGAUAAUCUCCCCCAAGAAUAUGAAAAUUUUCAGUGGUAAUCUAGACUGUCUGGACAUGAUCCACUUUAAUACUUACACCAAAGAGUUAUUGAUUGUAAUAGAGAGAUAAAGUCGAAGAAAAAACGUGCCCGCUAGUUUGACAGCCGAAACAUGGCACUUUACUACGCCGUAUGUUUUGUCAAACGUCAGUUUUUGACAACCAGAAUUACCGCAGAAUAUACUGAGCCGUAAGGACAGCACCAUUUGUUAGUAGCUGUGAACUUCGAAGCACGAAAUUGUCUUACUCAUCUAGUACAAUUAAUUAAUCUUUGCUUACACUGAUAUGAUAUUACAGGUCCAGAUCUAAGGGCCUCCCGCUAACACCACAUUUCGCAAAUUGCGGGCAUCUUUCGCUGCCAGUCUAAUUGCGCCGUAAUUGGUGUAAAAGAGAAAGAUGCCCGCAAUUUCCGUGUUCGCGGUAGGCUUUCAGCUAGUGUGAAUACCGCAUACUAAUAUUAAUAAUGAAUCCGAAGCCUACCUUUGCCGUAUGUGUCCGUAGUCCUUUAUUUGAUACAAUUAUGUAGUUAGCAUCAGGACGCAAGACUGAAAGUAGUUCAAGGUUUUCUUUUCAUACUGUCCCUCAUUCGCAUAAAAUAAAAAUAUUACGAAGCACUUUUAAUAGUUAACCUUUUAGAGAUAUAAGUCUUUAUCAGUUUAUUGGGCGGUCCCAUAGGCUUUUGUUUAUUGCAAAAUGACCUCUAUCAGUGCGUAAAAGAAUCCAAAUUGGCUCUGCUCAUUUGAACAAUGAACAUUGACCUUAAUAUGUUUAAGACUACCUACUUAAAUAAUUAAAAAAGAUACCCUGUAAUAUUAUUGGGAUGGUUCAAUUUGCAUAGUCAAUAUUGUUAGAUAAUAUUAUUUGCUAUAAAACUGAUUUAGUAUAAAAUAUAGUCCAGUUAUUUCUGUUUAACAAUAAUAACCAGUUUUUAUACUGGCUUUUGUAUUUUCCGAGACGUUUAUUGAUACAUUUUCAACAACACAUUUACAGCAAAAUUAAAUUAAACAUCCUCCAUUUUGUAAAAGUGCCAUCACAAAAUGGCCGCCACGAGAGUGUAUCGAAAACGCUCGGAUUCUCGUCGAGUGUUAUGAAAUAAUUGUAAAACUAACUACGAUAUUCGUCAAAUGUACCUGUUACGACUACACUAUGUAUAACGUGCAAUAGCGAGUUAUAUUUAGAGAAAAUACCUUAGUAACUUUAUGGGAAUAAAAUCCUUGGCAUUUUUGGCAGUAAGUUUGCACUAAAGUAAUGGUUUGAAUUAUGGUCUAAAAUCUAAUCGUUUUCAUAUAUUUUGUUUACAUUCUCAUAUAUUUUGUACUGUAAUCGAAGGGUUCUAGAGCAAUUAUUGACCUCAAAUCUAUGGGUUGACUUGACAAUAGUUUCGGACCCUUGUCAAGGAAUGUUUCAACGCAAACUUGCCAUUUCUAGAGCAAAGUUACACCAUUUGAGCAUAUCAGUUUCAGGAUACGUAGUUAAGAAAUAGUUGUUUUUGGUAAAGGUGUUAAUUAUCGUCAGAAAUGGUUAAUUUUGAAGUUGAUUCAAGUAUGAAUGGGUCAAAAUGAACCAUGAUUGACCAUUUAUUGAUACAAAUAGAAUAACCUGUUUGGGACACGCGCGUGUAAGGUAUAUUACUCUAUCCUCUAGCCGGCCAGAGGCUUAUAAAAAGGUCUCCUGUUUCAUUCUAAUUUGAACUUUGUGUUGAUAAAAUAAAAUUUUGAUUUUGCUUGGCAAGGUUUGACGUAUGGGCGGCUAGAGGCUAUAGUUGGCACUUUACCAAUGGUUGGUCUUCAACCUUACUUUAAAGCAGUGGCGACUAUCCUACAAAUCAUGUGCCAAUUACUGGUACUCAUUGGAUAGUUUACUCUAUGUAAAGUUUCUAUAAUACUUUUACACUGCAGUAAUCUAUACAUCAUCAACGUUAAAAUAAACUCAGAAUAGAGAAAGAGAAAUUUGAUCAAUGAAUAUAGGUACACGCGCAAAGCUUAACGCAGAUGGCGCUACAAUCUGUAAAAAAAAUAUUGGAUAUGUCAAAUCCAAAGUAACAUAAACAACAGACUUCCAACAGAAUAACAUUUUGAUUAAAAAUCGUUAUAGUCGCACCAAUAAAAGUCUGCAGCGGAUUUGAUACUUUUGAUAGCCCACGCAGCGUAAGUGUUACUUGACGUCAUAAUUUCAUAGAAGUUUGACGUUUAAAAUGACAAUUGCACUGCGCGGGCUAUCAAAAUCGCUGCAGACUUUUUACGGUCUGACUAUAGAUAGCGAGAUAUUAAGGGGAAUUCAAACAUAAUGUUGCCAGCAAAAUGAAUCCAUUGAAUAUAUCAUUUCUGCGGAACCAUACGUGCCAAAUUCGACAGUAUUCAUAAGAACUUGCUCGCUUAACCUUUUGACUACUAAAGACGUGGACUGACGGGUGUGGCUACAGCCAAAUAUCGACCUUCGUGCAUCCCCACAAGGUACAUGACGCGUUGCACACGAUAGGUGCGACGUUCAAAGUGUUUCUACUACGAGUUUCUCAUACUAAUGUUGCAUUAAUUAUUAUUUGAAUAAAUCGUAAAGGCGCCAGACUAAUAAAAUGCAAAUUCCCCAUUGUUUUAAAAAUGCUCCGGUGUUACUCAGUACACCUAUUUAGUUAUCUUUACCUGACGCAAUAGUAAAACCAAUAUUGAAAUUGCGAUUAAUUUCUAUCAACUGUUUUCAACGAUAAAGCGAGUUCGAUAACUUUUUAACACUGUUUGAAAAUAGCGAGAUGUUUGGUUCCAUCGUGUUCUUGUGAGACCUUUUAGGAGGUUUUUUUACUCUAUAAGUACUGCUGAAGUUUGAACCCACGAUUUUAGUAAUUCAUACGGCAAUGGAUUAAUUAUAAUCCAACCACAGAUUUUGAGAAAGACGACGUGGAUUUUAUAAGUAAAUGUACAGUAGCCAUCAGAUAAAUCGGAGUGGCCAAGGUGGUCACAAAUAUCUACAUUUCUAUUGUCAAGGUAAUUUUUGAGCAUUUCGGCCGCUCCGAUGGGGACUAUUCUGUACUGUCAACAUUCGCUUUUAAAAGUUAUAAAAUCCACGUCAGCUUUCUCAAAAUCUUUGGUUGAAUUAUAAAUUUAAGUUUAUAUACCUACACGUACGUGUCCCUUAGUAAGUUAAUAUUGUUUUAAGGCACUAACGUAACUGUUAUACGGUUGUGUCCAGCCCGACUAAUUAGAGUAAGAGCCGAGGAGGCGCAAGCAUAAUUUGUAACGAAGGUGUAUUAAAUAUAUUUUGUUUCAA